UCUUAAAAGUUCGCAGUCAUGUCUGGAAGAGGAAAGGGAGGUAAAGGUCUGGGUAAAGGAGGCGCCAAGCGCCACCGUAAAGUCCUCCGCGAUAACAUCCAGGGCAUCACCAAGCCCGCCAUCCGCCGUCUGGCUCGCCGCGGUGGAGUCAAGCGUAUCUCCGGCCUCAUCUACGAGGAGACCCGCGGUGUGCUCAAAGUGUUCCUGGAGAACGUCAUCCGUGACGCCGUCACCUACACCGAGCACGCUAAGAGGAAGACUGUCACCGCCAUGGAUGUUGUCUACGCCCUCAAGAGGCAAGGACGCACUCUGUACGGCUUCGGAGGAUAAAUCUCACAUUUCAACAAUCACACAAAGGUCCUUUUUAGGACCACACACCUCUUCUAGCAGUCAAUGAACCUUUAGAAUCUAAAGUUUAGAUAUCAAUAUGUAUCGCUAUGUAUUUGAUACUAGAUCGCAGCAAAUGCCCACGCUGAUGCAGAUUAGACAAUAGCUUGGUAUCAGUAAUAUCAUUACUGUUAUUAUUCCAAUUUGAUACAGGUCAAAUACAGAUUGCUAUCAGUUAUAUCUGUUACCGACAAUGUGUGCAAUUAUACCUGACUGAUAGUGGUGGGUGGGAUAACCACUGAUAUGUUUUCCCUUUCAAAUACCGAGUACAAUUCAGGCUGGUAUCGGCGGUAGUGUUCCAAUAACUAGUGAUUGGUUGAUGAGGCGUCUUGAAGCGUUUCGACACAUUGUAAAACUGUAUUGAUACUGUGUCACUAAAUACUGACAUCUGCUGGACAUUAAAAAUCCCUACAGGCAACCAAUGGACCGACUCAACUGACACUGAUUUUAUGCCCUAGUACAGGGGUCACCAACCUUUUUGAAACCAAAAACUACUUCUUGGGUACUGAUUAAUGCGAAGGGCUACCAGUUUGAUACACACUUAAAUAAAUAAAUAUAUUGUCAUU